AUGGAUGGGCGAUUACUAAUUUGGGAUACUCAAACAACUAUGCUAGUUUCAUCAAUCGUUCUUUUGAAAACAGAUGAAAUGGCCAAAGAUUUCCUUUUUUUCGAUAUGAAUUCAGAUGCAGGUGGUAAAAUAAGCGAGCACUCUCAACUAGUCCUUAUAUAUGCUAAGAUUACAGGAAUAUGUCAACUCGAAAUUCGUAAUCUAGGAGGUGAAGUACUUUAUUCGGUACUUGUGACCGAAGGAACAUUUUUGCUGAGCACUCUUACGCGUGAGACAAAAAUGAUACUUUUUAUGCACAUUGCUGCCGAAAAACAUAGCGAUUUAAAUGUAAUCAAUGUUCAUUCUAUUUGUGAAUCUCAUCCAAAAAUGUUCGUAGAACAUUUACUAGAUCGGCAACAGUGGAAUGAAGCUUUAGAAUUCGCUCGAAAAUUUAGCUUCAACUUGGAGAAAAUUUAUGUGGCGCGUAUUCGAUAUUUCGUGGAUACUCUCAUAGUAAACCGUGUUCCUAUAGAAAAAGCUGAAUUCGACGAAUUUUUAGAAUGGAUGUCACGCGUUUCUGAUCAAAAUUGGGUGGCUGAAAUGUGCAUUGCAGCAAUAAUUCACAGCUCAAAUCACUUAUGGGUCAAGAAAAUAUUAGAGUUUGUUGCAGAUCUACAGAUAACGGAUGACGAGACUAAAGAAAAAUUGGCAUCCCUGCGCUAUAAUUAUCAGUCAUAUCGCGAAAUAAUUUAUCCUUGGAAAAAGCGCUUCAAUUCAUUUUCUACUGACCAUUUGUUGUCCGAGUUUCUUAAUAUUUGCUCCUAUGAACAUAUUUUCGAACAUUUUUACAAAAAUGGACAUUUUUGGGAAGCACGCUUACUGUGGUGCCGUUAUCAAAAAACACUGAAAAAUUGGGUCAGAAAAAAAGAGAACUUGGAACGGUUAUUGGAAGACAUUCAUUCUAUUAUUUAUGAUAUGAAAUGUGAUGUCAUGGAAGCCUUACAUCUUUUGGAAGACAUUAUUCCUACUGUAAUGGUUUCGGAUGCUAUUGCUUGCUGCUCACUUGUCAAUUCAUUUUUACUUGACCUCGCACGCGAGAUGGAAGUUAAAGAUCCGGCAGAAUUUCCAGAAAAUUCCCUCAUGAUUGCAACAACAAUGGAACGAAUUAUUCAGAAUUUUCUCAAGUCAUCUGUAACUCCUUAUCGUCAGGCAGAAGUCGCGCACAUAUUCUCUUUAAUGAAAUGCUACUCUGAAGAUCCAAUGGAUGUGAUGGGAGAACUGAAUACUUAUGUACGAAGUUUGCGUUUUAUCAAAAAAUUGAAGAAUGUUUAUGACUUUCCAAUGAGUUAUGAUUCAUAUCAGAACCAAACUGUGGAAACAAUUUGCUACAUGAUGUUGGAAGGAACAAAUAUGGAGCAAGUCAGGUAUAAUAUUGAUAAAUAUGUCAAGCCUUAUAUGGACGAGUUCAAGAUGGAUUACGAUCAAACGUUUUUCAACUACAUAUCAAAAAUGGCAGUGAUUUCUAAAGAUGUAAUUUCAAAUACUGAUUUAUGGUAUGAACGAUGUUUAACUAUAGUGGGAUGUAUAUCCAAUCCUAAUUUACGAUGUGAAGCAUUGAUUACUGUGACAGAAAGUGCCAACAUACCGUGGGCAGUGCAGUUAUCCAGCGCAGUAUACGCGAUGUUGCGAGACCCAGAAGUUGAUUAUGAAAUGAUGUCUCGUUUACAAAACCAAUGUGAUUUAGCUGCAUUAAAAGAAAGAUUGGUACGAAGUCACAUACCGAUUGAGAUGUUUGAACAGUAUUUCAUAUCUAAAUACAUGUUCAGAAAAGCUAUAGAGUUUAUUUUACAACAAGAAUUGUUAGGAAGUCUUCAAACCAGACUCUCCUUUGCUUUUGAAGUGAAGAUGUUUCAGGAUAAUGAACUGCAAUUGGAUCUCACUAAUGUUCGAAAGUCACCAGUUUUACCUGGAGUAAUUAAACAGUUGUCGUUAAGAAAUAAUUAUUGGAAAAUUACAAUGUUAAGAGAUUAUAUGAAAGAGGCAUUUACCAAUGGUGCUUUUCCAACGAAAAUAACUCAGCUUAUGAAAUUUUCAAAGAGUCUGAUGGUUCAUCAAAAUCUGAUGUUUGAAGUAGCUUUGGACUGUGCUUUGAAAUGUCGAAAUCUCGAAGCAUCUUUGGAAUAUGCAAAGUUUGCUAUGCAGCAUAUCGAUAUACCAAGCGAGCAGUUGCUGACACUUAUUGUGCAAAGCUGUGGUUAUGGAUUAUGGGAAAUGCCUGAAUUAGUAAAGAAUACUGAUUUCAAAUUGAUUGCAUUGUUUGUUAAUUUAUUUGAAUCUCUCAUUGCGCUCUGUGUGCCAGAUCAUUUUACAAAACUGAAUGAAGAUGAAACCAAAAAAAAGUGGAUACUUCGUGGUAUAGGAUGCUGUUCCGGUGUUUAUCAUUACAAUAUGGAUGGUGCAUUCUUCGAAAAAAAAGAUGCCAUAAAACAGUUAGCUACUGUGGCUCGUUCCGUUGUUUUUGACUUUUUGAAUUCAACCAGUUUGAUAGAAAUAAGUGGUAAUGAAGUUCUCGAAUAUUAUAAAGAUAUGCGUGAAGCAUGGAAAAGUUUUAUUACUUACCUUGUCUCAAAUAAUCAAAUUAUGCUCGCAAUUUCUACCUGGCUUUCUUUUUCAUCGUUACCAUGCUAUACAAUCGUAGAAGGCGUAAGCAAUAUACAUUCUGAGAUAAGUGAAAUGAUUACGCUGUUCACUGAGCGAGCGUUAGCACAAAGCGAUGCAGACCUUGAACUCUGUCUUUCAGUCAUAUUUUCUGUUCAAAUUCCAGAUAUAAAAAAUAUUCUGAUGUCCGUUAAACCUUGCUAUGCCAAACGAAGCUUACCACAUAUUGCUAUGCUCAACUUCAUUUAUCUGUCUCAGAUUCGUGCAUUCUUUUUUAACGAUCAUUUUAUGUAUUCACAACUUCUUACUAACUACAAAAUAUGUAAAUGGAUGAAAAAGUUUAGUGAAUUGGGGGCUAUUUUUCCAGAGAACAAGAAUCUGGAUGCAGCGGUGCAAGAGUUUGUUCGUUGUCUUAUUUCUCCCGAAGUACUAGUAGAAUUUUGUGAAGAUUUCUCGCUAGAAGCCACUGAGGCAUUAAUCUUGUAUGCAACAACUUUAGCGCUCAAAGCAACUACAACUGAGAACAAUAAAUUAGUAAAAGAAAUGCGUUUUGCUAUUUCUACGUCAUUGCAAAAAAUUGAUACCAAGGAAAACAUAUUUAUGCGACUGUAUGGCUUCUUAAUGACUCUUUGUCCUUAUAGUUAUGAAGUUGAAAUUUAUCUCCCUAAUUUUCUGGUUAUCAACGAAAUAAUCAGUGGAAUGAAAAGAUAUGUUGAUCAAAAAAAUAUCGAUCAAGUAGAAAUCCUAAGAAGAGCUUUCACAACAAUCCGAUUCUUGGAAUGUACUGAACGUACAACUCCUCCAACUAAUCAUGAAAUAAAAUGGUAUCACGAGCGACAGAAUUUCCUUUUCCAACAGCGGAAUGGCAAUCAUGGCUCAGCUGAAAAAAUUUGUGAUGGAAAGUCGCUUAAUUCAUCCAAAAAAGAUUUCCUUCCGUCAUUGGAAACAAAUUUAUUGAUUAACGAACUUCCAAAUCAGUCCUGUCAUCGCUUACCAUUUCAUCCAUUCAUGUUUGAAAAUGAAAAAGAUCUGCAAAAUACUUUGCUACCGAUGAUUUAUGCAGAACUUACGCUCUGCAAUAUCGAUAAAUGGCAAAUGUUCAUUCGAGCUUUACCUGAAAUCGAGAUUUCAAAAUCUGAUCUUGUGUCCACUGUCAUCCUUUUAGUGAUUCAAUCAUAUAUUGCUAAAGGCAUUGAAUUGAAUGAGUCGAGCUUCCAGCAAAUCAAACUGCUAAUUCAAAAAACGCCUAAUCGCCUCCGAACUCUGAAAGGCUUAUCGAAAGGUUCUAGGAAUAUACCUCUGGGUGAAGCAAAGCUGCGAUUUUUGUCAUUAGGAAUAGAAGUUGUUAAGGAAUGGCUUGAGGAAUCAGAACAUAAUCUUGCAGAGCAUGAAGCGGAUGAUACUGACUUUCUGAAACAAUUUCUUCGAGACUUGCAACAAGUUUAUAAAAUGUAUAAUAUCAAAUAUGUGCUCAAGAAGUAUGGACUCAUGCGAGCAGAAACAUUUGAUUUGUUAUCUACACCGCAAAUUUUAAUUGAGCAUAUUUAUGCGCAUGAAAUUGAUUGGAACAAUUGCAAUGACAUUGAUGCUAAAUUCCCAUGUAUCGUUCAGCUGGCUGAGAUCCUUGCUCUAGAUCUGAGUUCUUUACAAGACAAAAUUAUCCAACAGUGGAUUGAUUUGAAUAAUCAAAUAUCAGUUGCGUUUGAUCCUAGUAAAGGAAAUUUUACUGAUUUGUUGAAGACACCAUCGAAGCGAAACAGUAUUUAUGAUGUUUACAGAUUACCUUUUGGAGAUAUUUCAGUUUCUAGAAUCGUUCGACUCUCUAGACUUGGAGCAUCUGGAAAAGUUUUUGACAUGCUUGUGGAUAGUUUCACGAAGGGUUCUGCUGAAGGACGGAUACGCGCUGCUUGCUGCUUAUUACGUCUAUUGCGGACAGAAGAGAUUCAAGAAGUUAUGAAAAAAGAUUUAUUCCAUGUUUGUUCGUCACUGGAAAUUGUGUUAUAUUCUCGAAUGAUUGAUGCCUACAACAUUGAUUUAUCCAUUGAUACUUUCCUGUCAACAGAAAAAAAUAUUUUGCUCAAAUACUUGGUGAAUCAUGGCAGGCAAACGCCGCAAUUAACUUUGUUUAUGACGGCCGUAGUGAUAGAUUAUGAAGUUGUCGAGCCAUCUUUGGUUGAAAUUCUUUCAACUAACCUCUAUCGCUAUAGAAACUUCGAUAUGCUUAUCGAAUUAUUGAACUAUUGUGCUACAGAAAGUACUUUAUCUCAUAUUAAAGAUUUUGAAAAGAAAUGGUUUUGUGCCGCUGAAUGGUUAUUUUCAUGCAUAGAAAAAGGAAGUGAAGAUGAAAAGCAGCAGUUAGAUAGAUUUCUUUUAUUUUCUUUAAGUUGUCCUAUGGAAUAUGGCUCCUCAAUUAAUGCAUUUUUGCACUCGCUGAGAGAAUACAAGUUACCUGUCGCGCAGCAUUUAUUGACGCUGGCAUCAUCAGCAGUAGCAGAAGAAGUUGAAGAAUCUAAAGUUUGUGUUGUAAAUUCUUCGAGUGAUUUGCGAGAUGGGAAAAAUGACACUAAAAGUGCGGAAAACUAG